AACAAAUACAAUGUUUGUUUACCAUUUUAUUUGCCAAGUUAUCUGCUUGGGAGUUAGUGGUUGGUGGCCUGCCAGAUUCGAUCCACCCUAAUUUCAGAAACCAUUAUUAAUUAUUUGCAGUAUUUGUUCUACAGAGGCAAAUAUUAAAGCAGGAACCAAUGAUCAUAUAUAAAUUCAUUCUUGGGAAAUAAACAUGGCCAAAAAAACCACAGAAAAUAAGAAACCUGGAUAUUUGGAAAAUGAUUCUAGUCUUGUUGAAUCUAAUGAAAUUUACAGCCAAAAGCUGGACGAACUAAUUUCAAAAAUGUACACAUUUGUUGAAGUAGAUGAGAAAGUGGAAAAACAGCCUAUAAUUGAGCCUUGUGCAGUUGAUCACACAAUUUCAUUUGAUUUCCUUCCUGCAACUGCGAUAAAUGAAAAACACACUGUCAACAAAAAAAUGAUAAUAUGGAAGCCAAAGCCCAAGUUCUUUGAAAAAAUAACUUAUGAAGAUAUGUGCAGUGUUGUAGUGUCUGGUGACUGGAUUUUGAACAAACAGGGAAUUUACGGAAACGGUAGAGUAAGGAGGAGUGAACUUGUUACUGGAGCUGUUCAUUCUUCUGCACUUAAAAAGAAAGUUCAAUAAAAAAUAAUGGAGUUUCUCAUUGUACAGACAAAAACUUUUCUUCAUUUAUUAUUUUCAAACUUAACUUAGCUACCAUGAUUGCCAAAUGACAAAAGAUCAAAUGCUAUGGAAAGAUAUCGAUAAUUUUAACUAUAUUGUCCGGCCGGACAUGUAUAUUUGUAAGUUUAUUUGGUAAUCUUGUCAGCAAGUUAUUCUUGUACUUCCCGAUUUAGCCGCUUAGUUAGAAAACUUUCAGUAUACAACAGGACAUGAAUAAUUCAAAAGGGUCAGUGAAAUGCGAUCGGAUCUACGUGAUAACCAAUUUGUUUGUCUUUUUACAUACAAUGUGUUCUACACCAUAAAAAGAGCAGGGGUAUUGGGAGCAUAACAAUUAUCAUCUAUAGCUACUGUAAACGCAUAGAACUGAGAAAUGGCUAUUCUUCAUGUGCAUCCUAGCAGAAAAAUUGAUUGAUAAUCCGUAUACAUCGUAUCCUUAUUCCGUAGGCAACUUGAAGCUUGGAAUUUCACUGAAUGGAUUUAGAAAAUCAAUCAUGACUCGAAUAUCGAAUUAUCAAUCAUGACUUGUGGACACAAUGUACUACUACAAGUACUGCGUUUCGUUUGUCUUAUUUUUGUCUUGCUUUUUCUAUGUUUGAGUAAUUUUUAAGCCGUCCAAUUUCAAACCAAAAUUGAGCGACUGCGCCUGCGCUUUAUUCUUUCCAUUCGAAAGCGCUUUCAGUCUGAGAGCGUGGGCAACAGAAACACAUGUCAAAAGCCUUGUCGUGAUUUUUUAAAAACCAAAAACGUUCCUUUCGGAGACAUCAACUGAUUUUCCGAGCGGUGUUUACGAUGUCGAAUCAAUGUGUGAACGAAGCGUUUGAGCUAGGUGAGAAUUUGAGCGAUCGAGAUGUUGAAACCGAUGAAGCGAAUAAUAAAAAACAGGAGACCGCUUCUGCUCCGAAUGGAAUGCACAGCCAAAUUUUACCUGAGGAUGAUUUGAGGAUACCUGAGACAAUGUUAAAGACUUCCCCAGAUGAAGAAACAGUAUCCCAGAUCGCUCUGACUGAAGAGAAAACAAAGGAAGAUGUCGACGUCAAGGAAGAAAAUGAAACAAGUGAACGCGGGGCAUGGAGCAACAAACUAGACUUUCUAUUUUCCUGCAUCAGUGUUUCCGUUGGAUUGGGAAAUAUUUGGCGUUUCCCAUAUCUAUGUUAUAAAAAUGGUGGAGGUGCGUUUUUGAUAGCAUAUUUUGUCGCUAUGGUGUUCUGUGGCAUUCCGAUAUUCUAUGCAGAGGUCGCAUUAGGUCAAUAUUUAGGAGUUGGGGGCAUGACCUUUAUCGGUCAAAUAGUGCCCAUCAUGAAAGGAGUUGGUUUUGCCACCAUGGUGGUUGUCGUACUUAUCGACAUUUAUUAUACCAUAAUCAUCGCAUGGACCCUAUUUUACUUGAUUGCUUCAUUUACAGCUUUACCAAGUCUCCCGUGGGCUGGCUGUAAUAACACAUGGAACACACCCAAUUGUUAUGUCCCGACUGAAAUUACGAAUUUAACUAUCGGUGCCAGCAUAUCCAGCUCCUCAGUGUCGGCAGUCGAAGAGUUUUGGACGGAACGGGUUUUAGGUAUUACAGAUGGCAUCGAAAACUUGUCUUCCGUUCGUUGGGAACUCUUUGGAACAUUGAUAUUGGCGUGGAUUCUUGUCUAUUUCAUCAUCUGGAAGGGUUUGAACGAAAGCGGUUACAUUGUCUGGUUUACUGCCUUAUUUCCUUACGCUAUUCUUCUGGUUCUCCUUGUCCGAGCAGUUACACUUGAAGGCGCCGAGAUAGGAUUACUCUACUAUGUUACUCCAAAAUGGGACCUUCUGCUGACUGCUGGUCCGUGGAUUGAUGGUACGACGCAGAUCUUCUUUGCGUACAGUAUAGGAACAGGGGCAUUGCCUGCUCUGGGCUCAUACAAUACUUUUAAGUAUAAUUGCUUCAGGGACGCUAUGAUAACUUGCUUAGUUAACACCUUGACGUGUUUGAUUGCAGGAGUCGUUACGUUUGCCAUUCUUGGAACAAUUGCCCAUUCCACUAAUGCUAGCAUCGAUUCUGUGGUGAAUUCUGGACCUGGUCUUGUUUUUAUAACCUAUCCGGAAGUUGUUUUGCGUCUUCCAGGUGCACCAGCCUGGGCAGUCCUUUUCUUUAUCAUGCUUGCGGUGCUCGGGAUCGAUUCUGAAUUUUGCAAUGUGGAAUCCUUCGUAACUGGUCUUAGCGAUAACUGGCCAGAAAAAUUGAGAAAAAACCGAAAAUUCUUCACAUUUCUAUGUGUUUUGGUUAUGUUUCUUUUUGAUAUUCCCAUGAUAACUAAGGGUGGUGUUUACGUAUUUCAACUAAUGGAUUACUACUCUGCCAGCGGAAUGUCUAUGCUUUUUCUGGUUUUCUUUCAAACCAUCUCUAUUGCAUGGAUAUUUGGUACCAGUCGAUUCUGUGACUGUAUCGAACAAAUGUCAGGAAAAAGGCCGUCUUGGUUCUUCUACAUCUGUUGGUCCUUUUUAGGUCCACUUGUCAUGGCAGGCGUGUUCCUCUUUUACGUAAUUCAGUACAUCCCAGUAACGUAUGGUGAGAACUACCAAUAUCCAUGGUGGGCUGAAGUGAUUGGAAUUAUCAUCAGCUUGUCUUCUAUGUUGUGGAUUCCUGGUUAUGCCGCCUACUACAUUAUAACCACCCCUGGAACCUUGAGAGAAGUAUUGGUUAAAGGAAUGACUCCUAUUUGCAAGCCGAGAAAGGGUGCACCAUCAUUACCGCUUUCUGGUGGCUUCAAAGAGGCAAACGAACUUGAAAACAUUUUAUAAUUGUGUCAAAGUAGUCUGCAGCAGCACACAGCCCAGUGCAUGAAUGAAUAUGAUGAGGGUAGCUACUUAUCGUAGUCACCUGUACUUUUACGAACAUUACGUGUCAAAAUUGUAUCUAGCGGUUUAAAAUGUAAAACAGAGACUAAGCGGCAUUUGAAUAAACAGAAUCUUCUCAUUGCA